AGCUGAAGGGGUUACGGUGCUGGGGUGCGGAAGUCCCUUGGGGUUUCCUUACUGCAGGGCAGAGCAAAGUGAGCUGGGUGAUGGCUUCGGGGUGCGAAGGGAAUGAGCUCCCUGGAUGGUGCAUUGAGGAUGCUGGCACUGGGAUGCUCUACAAGCGGGGACGGCUCCUGGGAGAGGGUGCUUUUGGGCGCUGCUACCAGCUGACGGAGGUGGCCAGCGGCAGGGUCUAUGCAGCGAAGGUCAUCCCGAGAGCCCAUCUCACUGCAGUGGGCAUCAGAGAGAGGGUGAGUGCAAGGAGGGGGGACAGAAUGCCCCAAAGGAGGGAGGGCAGUGCCCAGAGGGACCCUGCAGAGCCCCACAGCCCUGCCCUUGCCCCUUCUCCCUUGGUCUCAGUUGCUGGGGGGGUCCCCAUCCCCAUUUCCCAAGGAUGCAUGCGGGGGAUCUGGGAUCCAGAGGCUCCCCGGGGGGGCUGCUGGGUUCCUGCCAAUGCAGGUGGAGCGGGAGCAGGAGCUGCACGGCCGCCUGCACCACCGGCACAUUGUCUGCCUCCAUGGGCACUUCGCUGACCAGUACCACAUCUACCUGCUGCUGGAGUACUGCAGCCGGAGGUCCCUCGCUGACAUCCUGUGGGCCCGGGGGAGGCUGACGGAGCCGGAGGUGAGAUACUACCUGCUGCAGGUCAUCUCAGGGCUGCGCUACCUCCACGGACAGGGCAUCAUCCACCGGGACCUCAAGCUGAGCAACUUCUUGGUGACCAAGAGGAUGCAGGUGAAGAUCGGGGACCUGGGGCUGGCGCGGAUGAAGGCUCCGGGUGGGCAGCGCUGGGGGGCGCUCUGUGGGACACCCAGCUUCCUGGCCCCGGAGGUGUUGGACCGCAAGGGACACGGGGUGCCCUCGGAUGUGUGGGCGCUGGGCUGUGCCAUGUACAUGGCGCUGACAGGCACCCCCCCAUUUGAGGCUGCUCAGCGGCAGGAGCUCUACCGGCACAUCCGUGCUGCCCGGUACCCGCAGCCGAGCCAGCUCUCAGCCCAUGCCCAGGCCCUCAUCGCCCGCCUGCUGGCCCCCGAGCCCGCAGCACGGCCCAGCUUGCAGGAUGUGCUGGACCACGGCUUCUUCACCCAGGGCUUCACACCACAGAGGCUGCCCCCGCGCGCCUGCCACUCGGUGCCCAUCUUCCUGGCACAGGCCCUGCCACACAGACUGCGGCGGAGGAGCAGGACCUGA